GUUAGUUGCACAGUGCCAACGUGCCUGCUUCUUUGUCAUGUGACACGGAAUUCCUAGUCUGAUUAAGCCGGAUGUUGUAUGUCCCGGCUUCCGGAAGGAGGAAUCAGUCUGUCCGGUCUACGGACUGAAGGAGAAAGAAUUUUUCAGUAGGUGACUGAGCUCGACCUGGACGUGGAUCCAGAUGAAAUGAAUAAAGUACCAGGACCCCCGUCCUCCUCCCCACUCCCUGCACCCUCCCCUAACCUGCCCCAGCCUAACUUCUCACUUACUCCUCCCCCAUCUAUGGUUUUUGCUACACCUACUCCUCCUCCAAUGAACCCUACAGCCCAGACCCGACAGCCGUUCUACCCUGUUCGGCCCACAUUACCCACAAACCCUGCUCGAGCCCAGGCAAGCUCCGCCCCACGGCCCAUCCCUCCACCACACGGGACACACAGCCCUCACGUCUUCCAGCCAGGCUCCCAGAUGAUGAUGAUCCCAACGCAGCCAAUCAGCUUUUCUAACUCACAGGGGCCCGCCUACUACAUUCCCGGCCAGUAUCGCCCCUCAUAUGUUUCUCCUCAGCAGUAUCAGGUCGCAGGUUCUCCAAACUUUUAUCCUGGAAGCAGUCCUGCUGAGUACGCUGGAGCUUACUACCAAACUCAGCCCCAGUUCACGCCUCCUGUAGCCACGGCACCUGUCCUCAUGAACCCCGCCCCCCAGCAACAACAAGCCCCGCCUCCUCCACAGCAUGCAGCACCGGCCAAACGGGAACGCAAACCGAUAAGGAUACGAGACCCUAAUCAAGGAGGCCGAGACAUCACUGAAGAGAUCAUGUCUGGGGGCCGAAGCGCCUCCACCCCUACACCUCCACAGUCGGCCCUGACGAUGUCAGACGGCGAAGCCAUCACACAGUCGAAUGGUGAGAAAGCCCCGCCUCCUGUCACAGCAGCCAGGGGAGACGACCUGGUAAAACCUGUAGUAUCCCUAGAGUUCCCCAUUCCCCCAGGGGAAAUCCCUAUCCCAGAUGCUCCGCCCACUCCCCCUCCCACCAGCCCAAUCAGUGACACAGUUGAUGCCCCACCUCCUACCAUGGAUAAAGCCACACAACUCAAAGAUGCAAAACAGCAGGAGCUGAAAUCCUCAUCAACUGCGGUUCCUUCUUGCGGUUCUACAGAGAAUGGGGCAGGACCGGCAACAGUUUCUGUACUUCUUCCGGCUUCAGGAGCUGACCCAGCACUGGAGUCGCCAAUCGCACAGCCAGAGGAGCUGCAGUUUGUAAACGGUUUAACCGCAGAUGCCAACAGAGACGUCAGCCCUCUUGCUGAGCCUGACAUCACAAAAGAGGCUCCACCUGUUUUCGAGGAAUUCUCAACACGGACUACCAAAGUUGUCUCUCCUGUCCUCAAGGAAACCCCCGCUCAGGUUGUCAGCGAGACACCACCACUCCUAGAUGUCAAAGAAACUUCUGUCUCAAGUGUCAAAGAAACACCAGCUCCUAUCCCAACACCUACUCCUGUUGUCACAGAAACCCCAUCUCUGAUUGCCAAGGAUACCCCGUUAUCAGCUGUGAAGGAGAUCCCUGCACCAAUUGCCAAGGAACCCCCCCCUCCUGUUGUCCCGGAGGCUCUGGUUGCAAAGGAGAUGCCUCCUCCAGUUGCCACAGAAACAACCGAGCCUGUUGUCAAAGAAACCAUUAUUGAGGAUCCUUGUCCUGUUGCUAAGGAGACCCCAGAACCAAUCGACAAAGAAACCCGAAGUCCUGCUGCGCCUGUGUCUGUUGCUAAAGCAGCACCACCUUCUCCUCCUACUCUUGCUGAGGAACAAGAGGACACGCCCCCUGCACAAACAACUGCCCCAGACAGCACUAUGCAAGCAGCCGUUUCUGUGCCAAAAAAGAAGAGGAAGUUGAAGGACCUAAACAAGAAGGAGACUGGUGAUGUGCUGGAUGCCUUUAAAGAGCCACCACCAAAGCCAGAGCCCAUGCCUCUGACAAAAUCAGAGCAGGCUGAACCUGCCCCUGUAGCUCCACCCCCUGUAGAAGACAUGGAAGAGACAUGGGAAGAGAAGGAAGACAAGCUUGAUGCUGAAAACCUCCAACGACGGAGUCCGGCACCGGCCACGCCCACCGAGCAGAAGUACCAGUACAAACAGGAACAGUGGAAACCUCUGAACCCUGAGGAGAAGAAGAAAUAUGAUCGAGUGUUUCUGCUGGGCUUCCAGUUCAUCAGCGCUAGCAUGCACAAACCAGAAGGGCUACCGCAAAUCAGCGACGUGGUGCUGGAUAAGGUGAAUAAAACUCCUCUGCGGCCAUUAGACUUGAGCAGGAUGAACUGUGGUCCAGACUUCACACCUUCAUUCGCUAAUUUGGGAAGACAGCCAGUUGGGGGGCGUGGCCCGGCUAUGGGUUUGCCGGGACCCAGGCGCUCAGGUCAGUCCAGUUCCCGUAAGGAACCGAGGAAGAUCGUCCUGUCUGGCGUGUCCUUGAAUGAUGAUAUUCAUCUGAGCAAGGCAGAGAAUGCGUGGCGACGUGGUGGUGGUGGAGGAGUUGAAGUCGAUGACGCAGAGACUUCAAAGACACGGGAGCUACUGCGACGUGUGCGAGGCGUCCUGAAUAAACUGACCCCUCAGAUGUUCCAGCCACUGAUGAAACAGAUCACAGACAUGACCAUUGACACAGAGGAGAGGCUAAAGGGUGUGAUCGACCUCGUGUUCGAGAAGGCCAUCUCUGAGCCCAAUUUCUCUGUCGCGUACGCUAACAUGUGCCGAUGCCUCAUGGGGUUGAAAGUGCCGACUUCCGAUAAGCCCAAUGUCAUGGUGAAUUUCCGAAAGCUUCUGUUAAAUCGUUGCCAGAAAGAAUUCGAGAAGGACAAGGAUGAUGACGAGAUCUUUGAGAAGAAACAAAAGGAGCUGGAUGCUGCCACUGAGGAGGAUGUCCGACAGCAUCUGAAGGAGGAGCUAGAAGAGGCAAAGGACACGGCACGGCGGCGCUCGCUCGGCAACAUCAAGUUCAUUGGCGAGCUGUUCAAGCUGAAGAUGCUUACGGAGAACAUCAUGCAUGACUGCGUGGUCAAACUGCUGAAAAACCACGACGAGGAGAGCCUGGAGUGUCUGUGCAGACUGCUGUCCACCAUCGGCAAGGACCUGGACUUCGAGAAGGCCAGGCCUCGCAUGGAUCAGUAUUUUACCCAGAUGGGGAAGAUCAUUAAAGAGAGGAAGACAUCGUCCAGAAUCCGAUUCAUGCUUCAGGACGUCAUCGAUCUGAGACGGAAUAACUGGGUGCCCAGGCGGGGAGAUCAGGGCCCUAAGACAAUCGAGCAGAUCCACAAGGACGCAGAGAUGGAGGAGCAGCGAGAGCAGGUUAAAGUCCAACAGCAGCUCCUCUCCAAGAAGGAUGUACGAGGACCUGUCGGAGGAGGUGUGACCCUGGGCCCUCGAGGUGCUGGCCCUGCCUCACACCGGGGCAACCCACCACCAGACGACGGCUGGAACACGGUUCCCAUUUCCACCAAGAACCGGCCCAUUGACACCAGUCGCCUCAGCAAGAUCACCAAGCCUGGAUCACUGGACUUUAACAACCAGCUACUUGCACCUGGUGGCAAAGGAUCUUGGGGCAGCUGGGGAAAAGGGAGCAGUGGAGGCUCUGGGGUUAAACCCAGUGGUGAUGGUGCAGCUCAAGACUCGAGCCGUACAAGCACACUGAAUCGCUUCUCCGCCCUCCAGCAGCCUCCCUCCUCCUCCUCCUCCUCCUCAUCUUCCUCCAACAUGGACACAGACCGAAGAAUCCCACAAAGGAACAGCUUGAGUAGAGAGCGUGGCGACCGUGGUGACCGUCUUGAACGUGGUUCAGACCGAAACCGACCCAGCAUCAGUAAGCGCAGCUUCAGCCGAGAAAAAGAUGAGUGGGAGCAGAGACCGGUCGAGACGGUACGGCGAGUCACCAGCAUGACUGAUGAGCGAGAACGAGCGAGAGAGCGUGAACGAGAGAGAGAGCGUGAACGAGCACCCAGCAAAGACAACGUGAGGAGAGAACCUGUUUCCACACCACCUCCUGCUCCGUCUAAACCGGCUCUAAGCCCUGAGGAACUCGAAAAGAAAUCCACUGCUAUCAUUGAGGAGUACUUGCACAUUAAUGACAUGAAGGAGGCGUUGCAGUGUGUGAGCGAGAUGAACUCUGCCUCACUGCUCUACCUGUUUGUGAGGACUGGAAUUGAGUCGACUCUGGAGCGCAGCACUAUCGCCAGAGAGCACAUGGGCUUACUACUACACCAACUCGUCAAAGCUGGAAUGCUGUCUGAGCAGCAGUACUACAAAGGCCUGAUGGAGGUGCUGGAGGUGGCUGAGGACAUGGCUAUUGAUGUGCCUCAUAUCUGGGUUUACCUGGCUGAACUGAUCACUCCCCUGCUGCAUGAGGGUGGGAUUUCCAUGGGCUCACUCUUUAGGGAAGUGUCUAAGCCCCUGGUACCUAUUGGCAAAGCUGGAGAUCUACUAGCACACCUCCUCACCCUGCUCUGCAAAGGAAUGAGCCAUAAGAAGGUUGGAGACAUGUGGAGGGAGGCGGGGCUUAGCUGGAAGGACUUCCUGUCUGAGGAUGAAGACGUGAAUAAGUUUGUGACUGAGAAGGGAGUGGACUACACACUGGGGGAGGGGUAUGGAAAAGUUGGUAGCAGUAGGAAAUCACUGAGUACGGAAGAGCUUUCGAAACAGAUGGACCAACUGUUGCAGGACAAAUCCGACAACCAGCACAUAUUCAACUGGGUGGAGGCAAACCUGGAUGAGCAGCAGGUUUCGUCGAAUACCUUCGUUCGAGCUCUGAUGUCCUCUGUGUGUCAGGCUGCUAUCAUUUGCGAAACUCCGUAUAAAGUUGACUCUAAAAAGAUUUCCCAGAGGGCCAAGCUGCUCCAGCGCUACAUUAAGGAUGAGCAGAAGGAGCUGCAGGCACUUUAUGCAUUACAGAGCCUCAUGGUGCAGAUGGAGCAGCCGCCAAACUUAUUGCGGAUGUUUUUCGACAUACUCUACGACGAGGACAUCAUUAAGGAGGAUGGAUUCUACAAGUGGGAGUCAAGCAAAGAUCCAGCCGAGCAGCAAGGCAAGGGCGUUGCCCUCAAAUCAGUCACCGCCUUUUUUACAUGGCUCCGUGAAGCUGAGGACGAAUCAGACAACAGCUAAACAGCCCUGGCUCCUUUCACAAGUUUCCACUCUUGUGGGAGUUUGAACAAGAUGCAAUUUUGAGCAUGGAUGAAAAUUUGAAUUUCAGAUCAAAUGUUUGCCCUGGUUUUAUGCUAUUGAAUGAUUUUUGAUCCAAAACUUUAAUGAAAAUGACAUAAUUCACCACAAGGAUAAAGUCAUCUGAAGAUCUUGUUCCGUUAUAGUCUCUGUGGUUUUUGACAUCAGCUUGGUGUCAAUAAACUCUGCCUACACUUUGCCUACAGUGUGUCGCUACACCAGCAUGAGUAUCAAAAGCUGCUCAGAGCUCUAUAUUUUUUUAAACCCUUCAAGUACCAUGUUGAGAGAAACUCUAUACCUUGUGCUGGAGAAUGAAGUGCUGUGUUUAUUAUUCUUUUUUUUUUUUUUCCAUUUUUCCUGCCACCUGAUUUUGUUAAACAGGGCAAAGAAAACAGAAUCCAGAGCUGUGAUUGGGUGGUCUUAAAAGGAGGAAAUGAACUGCUUCCUAAUAGCUCUGUGUGAUGAAGAAGAGGGGGAAAAAGCAAUGGAGGCUGAACUUUGUCUUUUCUUUUUUAGCUGCUGCUGCUGCUGAGGGGGGCGGAGUUACACUAACCGUCACCCUGAACUUGUCUGAUUUAACUUUGUUUAAAAAAAAAAAAGGACAAAAAAAAGAGGACAAAAAAACUGGUUGGCUGAAUUCGUGUGAAGGCUGUAGUGCAUUUUAUAAAAUACAAUCAAUACUAAAACCUAGAAAAAAAAUUAAGAUAUUUACUAUAAGAAAGGCAAAAGUGUUAAAAAAUAAAUAAAUAAGGAAGACAAAAACAGUGUGAAAAGCCCUUUCUGCUAAUAACACAUUUCAGGAGAGUCCUGUAAAUAUUUAGUUUAUUGAUUGUUUUUGUUUAAAAUUUUCAAUAAUAAAAAUGCUAACUUUAA